CUGAAACUUAACAAAACAAAGCAAGCGUCCUAGAGAGACAUUUCCUUUAAGGAGCAGCUUUUGGUAGAAAAGACAGACCAAUCAGGAUCAGAGAAGACUGUCUGCGAUGGAUGAAUGGGAAUCUCCAGACUAUGAACCAUCUCUUCCUGUUUCGGAGAAGUCCAAUCCUUUUACUAGGGACAUCGAUCGAGCAUCCCCCAGCGGCAUUGUGGGAAUGUUAGAGGCCUGUGACGCCCAGAUGUUUCGACAGGAUAGAGGGACAAACUACCAGAGGCUUUUUGAUGAACAAGUGGUGACGACUUUAACCGAAGUUGCUAAAAGGGUGGAGCUCAUUCUUAAGGAUCCUCAGGAUAGUCUUGUUGUGUUGAGCGGCUGCGGCACCUCAGGUCGACUGGCUUUCUUCAUGGCGUCAAGAUUCAACGAAGCACUGAAGCAGCUGAACCGCACGUUGGUGUACUCUUACAUCAUCGCUGGAGGAGACAGUGCUCUGCUUUCCUCCCAAGAAGCUCCAGAGGACGACCCUGAGCUGGGCAUGCUCAGUCUGCAGAAGGUUUGUGAAGCUAAAAAGAAAGUCCUGUUCAUUGGCGUCUCCUGUGGAUUAUCUGCUCCUUUUGUUGCAGGUCAACUGGACUUCUGUCUGCAGCAUCCUGAAGUCUACACUCCUGUGCUGUUGGGCUUUAACCCCACACAUCAGGCCAGGGAUGAACCAAUUCCAGGCUGCAUAUUCACGUUCCACAGUGUGGCUCAGAGGUUGCAGGAGCUCUCACAAAGGAGGAAAGCUUUCCUCAUUAACCCUGCCGUCGGGCCGGAAGCCAUCAGCGGCUCCUCCAGGAUGAAGGGAGGCAGCGCCACUAAGAUUGUCCUGGAGGUCGUCUUGUCUGCCGCUCACGCCGCCGCUUUCUCACACAAAUCUGUCGCAAGCGAAUGUAUUCUGCAGCACAUGAGGGAAUAUGAGCGAGCAGUGGAGGUGACCUAUCAGCAGAAAGAAGGCAUAGCUGCCGUGGUGGAAGCAGCUGGACGCAGUUUACUGAAUGAGGGCAGCGUUUGUUACCUGGGCUGGGGCCCCAUGGCAAUUCUGGGUCUCAUCGACGCCAGCGAGUGUAACCCCACAUUUGGAGCAGACUAUACAGACAUCAGAGGAUUCAUCAGGGGUGGAUACAAAGACCUGAACAACAAUGAAGGUCCUUUAUCUUCUCUGGGCCCAGAGUUCUGCAUAGGACACGAGGAUUUCCUCCAACAUGUUCUGCCCGGCCUCGCUGACAAAGACACUGUUCUGCUUAUCUAUUCUCAAUCUGACGAUCUCCAUGAGGUGCUGAACUUAGGGAGAAGAGUGAGAGAAAAGACACCUAACCUCCACGCUGUUCAUCACCGCACUGACUCAGACUCUGCAGAAACCCCGCAACAAAUCUCCAUAAAUGAGCUUUGUUCAUCCACACUUGACUUCCUGUGGUGCGGUAGCACACCUGCUACAGGGAACUUCCUACAUCAGUGGGAGCUGUCCACCAAGCUAGUGCUGAAUGCUGUCAGCACUGGCGCUCACAUACUUAAAGGGAAAGUUUAUCGAAACCACAUGAUCGAUUUGCAGGUGACCAACUCCAAACUCUACCGCAGAGCCACACGUUUACUCCAGACAUUGUCAGGCCGGGCUGAAUCCGAAUGUGAGGAGGCCCUUCUGAAGGCCAUAUAUGGAGCGGACAAACUGAUGAAGGACAUCAUAUCUAGUGACAUCACUGCACACACACAGGUUGCCAGAAAUGCCAAGAAGGUGGUUCCUUCGGCUCUGGUCUCUUUGCUGACUGGUUGCGCUUUAAAAGAAGUGGAGUCUUGUUUGGAGCAGAGACGAGUACUCAGGGAUGCUUUGGAGGAGUUGUUACCUUAACAGGAGUCCAGUUUGAUGUGUUAUCUGUUGUUACAGGUGACAUUACAUCUGUAGAUGUUGAGAUGCAUCAAUAAAAAAGGACAAUUUGAUCCCAAUCAGGGA